ACAGGAUCGACACGGACGGCGACAGGAAGCUCUCGCGGUCUGAGUUCACGAGGGCCAUGGAGAGCAAGAAGGUGCGGCAGAAGCUGCAGAAGCUCGACAUUGUGGCCAAGGACAUCGACGAGCUCUGGGAGAUCCUCGACGACGGCGACGGCGAGCUCGACUCGCAGGAGUUUGUGAACGGCAUACGGAGGCUCCGCGGCGAGGCGCGGUCCAAGGACAUCCUGCGCUUGUACCGCGAGAUCCGGGUCUUGGAGAACUUCUGCGACCAGGUCGAGUUGAACCUGGAGUUCACGAGCGAGCGCAUGCAG